AUGGCAAAUGAAGAAGAGAAGCAGCAUAUCACCAUCGCCAUCUGGAACGCAGAUGGCAUCUAUCACGACAGGUGGGAACAAAGUCUUCAGGCAGCUGAGAGAAAUUCUGAAAAGUUCUGGGGGAUAAUAAAAGCUAGGCGGCAACCCCACAAAGCCAACAGACCAUUACACGGGCAGAACGGCUUGGUAUACACGCCGGAGGACAAAGCGACUGCCAUGUCAAACACCCUCGAGCUCCAAUUCCGGGAGAAUGUCAUAGAGGACGACGAGGACGAAGCAGACGCCCUGGAACAGCGGGUAGAACGACACCUCCAUCGUAGACUUCGCACCAGGUGCCCCAUGGACCCAAAUAAUAGCUGCCUAACCGCCAAAGAGGAUGUUGUCCCGACAGAUCGCACUCUGUCGGCGGCAGCAUCCGCCACACCACCCGCCUACAGCGAUACCGCGUCCACGGUCGGCGCUUCUUGCGCCCCCUCAGGCUACCACCCCAUCUCUGCAGUUGAGCUGUUCGUGAUUAUGAAUCGCGCAGCAAAGCCAACAACACCCGCAGAAAAAGAGGCCGCGGAAAAGGCGUACAAACUUUUCGUGCGCCACGAAUUAAGCGCCGCCCUGGCACAGCUGCCGCCAACAGAGGCUUCCUAUCUGCUGAGUGGACUGCCGCGCUCGGCCUUAGAAGAGGUGAUUGUUCCGCCGGGAGUCCUGCCGGGUGUAGCAACCCAAGACGCUGCUGCCCCGGCGGAGGCGGCCCCGAGUGGUGUUGCGUCACCAGACGUGGCUACUCAAGAAGCCAGUGCUCUGCUGAUCGCCCCAACGGACAAUUCCAGUGAAGAAGCCGCUAGUGCGCCAGUCCUCGCCGUGCAGGGACUGACUGACAGCGACCACCCAAACCCAACACGGCACCCAACAACGCCAGUUCUACUAGAAAUUCCUGAAGCCAACCUGGGGACACUUCUAUCGGCAGAAAUGCCGAUGGAUGCGCAACAGGCAUCACGGAAACGACCAGCCACCUCCGACUCCGAGGAACAAACUGCAGCAACCGCGCCUGAAGGGCGCCAAACAAAAAAGAAGGCUGCUGCUGCAGACGCACCCACAGCGCCCCCUACAGCCGAGGAAGACGGUUUUACCGUACCAAACCGGCGGCACACUGCCAAGCCCAAAAGGCUUGAGAAGGUGCUCGCCCCACCGCCAGCCACAUCAAAUCGGUUCGCGGAGGCAACCGAAGUUGUCAUGGAAGCGGAACCCGCCGCCCCAGCACGUAAACAGACACGCCCCCCUCCAGUAAUCGUGACGUGGGACGACGAGUUCAUGGACCUCCGCCGCAUGAUUAAAGAAGUGGUGGAA